AUGGCUAAGCUAGAAGAAUCCGUCACACCUGGGUUUAUUUCAGUGACGCCAUCGUCAGCAGGAGUAGAAGUACCCGACACACCACAGUUUAUUGAAGUGAAGUCACCAACAUCAGAACUAGGAGUUUCCUUCGAACCAGAACUUACUAAAGUGACGCCACCACCAACAGAAUCACAACCUCAGUGGUUUCAAACUAUGACACAAUAUUUUUCGCCUACAGCAGCAACAGAACCACCUGAGUUGCCUGUGACUACCAAAAUAUUGCUUCCUCCAGCAACAGAAGCACCUCAGUUCUCACACAUUACCGAAACAUUUUUGCCUCCUCCAUCAGCGCCAGAAAUGUUUCAGGGGCCUGAAAUUUUCGAACAAUAUUCGCCUCCUCCAGCGCCUGAAGUAUUUCAGGAACCUGAAAUUAUCGAACAAUAUUCAUCUUCUCCAGCGCCAGAAGUGUUUCAAGGACCUGAAAUUAUCGAACAAUAUUCACCUUCUCCAGCGCCAGAAGUGUUUCAGGGACCUGAAAUUAUCGAACAAUAUUCACCUUCUCCAGCACCAGAAGUGUUUCAGAGACCUGAAAUUAUCGAACAAUAUUCGCCUCCUCCAGCAACAGAAGGACCUCAGUUGGCUCAUAUUACCGAUACAUAUUUGCCUAAUCCAGAACCGAAAGUAACUCAGUUGCCUACGAUUAUUGAACAUUCGCCUCCUCAAGCAUCAGAAAGGCCCACCGGGUACGGCUCUAGUGAAAAAUAUUUGACGUCUCCAGGUAUGAUCCACAAUAGAAAUAUUUUUAAAUUAUUCGAAAGCUUUAAUUUUUCAAUAAUCUAUGGGAAAUGAGUAAUGUUCUCCACUGUAUUAGAUUUUUGUCUCUUUGAAUAUUUAUGUUCCAGAAUUAACAGUAACUGACAUGCCUCAAAUGUCCGUAAAAUUUUCGAUCCCUCCAGUACCCAGCACGGAUCAAGUUUUGAGAGGUACGACGGGCGACAAGAUUCAGUAUGGAAUACCAGAAACCAACCCUCCACUACGAUCGAGUAUCCCAGACUUCGAAACACCUCCAGAUCCAUUUUAUCUAAAAACUUGGUGGUUAUCUCGAAUUUAUCUAUGUUUUUAUACGUACCUUGGAACAACACCCAGAAUAUGAGGUUAAACAUAAGCAACUCAUAGAACAGAAGCAACCAUAGA